GUACCAGCAGCGCCAGGAAGGUCGGGCGUGGGAUCGCCACCUCCACGCUGGCUGACGCAGCGCAGCUGAUUCAAGACGAGGACCAGGAAGAGCCUCCGUGAGGAGACGAGCACAGUGUAGCGCGGCCGCCCAGGUCACUUUUUCGAAGUUCAUUUACCCUCUCGCAAGUUGAGCUCGCACUCGGCAAGAUGUCCUACAUGCAGGUCCUCCCGAUUCAUACGGCUGGUCUCUGGCCCGACCAAGAACAACCAGAACACGAGCAGCAAUUCCCUCCCGAGCUUGCAACAGGGCGCACGCCUGCGAGCCGCGACGCGGGCGCCUGUGCGCCUACAGACGCAAACAUUGCUGCCGUGCGCAGCCUCAGCAUCAACACUGCACAAACUAUCUUCACACCACUUACCUCAACCUUUGCCGCGUUUCAAGCGGAAGAUGCAUCAGGAGAAUCGCCGGCACGAAGAAGGACGGCGCCCAAGACAGCUGCAGCAGCGGCAGCAAACGCACUCGCACAUCCGCCUAUGUCUCCAUCGUGGCACUCGCCUCUGUGGCCCGCACCAGGCAGCGCAAGCGCAGCUGGACGACGCGCAUCGGCGCGCGUCGAGUCGCUCGGCUGGGUCAUCGGCGGCACCGAGAGCAGGCAUGGCUCAGCUGCGAGGCCUACGUCUGCUCGCUUUACCCCUGCCAACGCGAGCAAGAGCGAGGGCUUCCCGUUGACGCCCAUUGAGCUCGGCGUCAGCGCGACAGGGCCCAGUACAGCAUGGGGGACACGCGCGGUCCACGACGAGGCUGAGAACUUUGUGCUGUUCCAAGUAGCAGAUGGUGCCCCUCUUGAAGAUGAAGGCGACGACGAUGGCGAUGCGGAACCUAAAGGCGCACAAGGCGCUUCGAUCCGUUCGCCGCCAUCGCAGCCGCAGCAGCAGCAGGAAGAAGAGGAAGACAAUGACAAUGACACCGAGCAAACUGAAUUUCUGGUGCGUCACGCUCUUAGCACCGAACCCGCGCGUGCAGGUGCGCAUGCAAAGGCAAAGGAGCACCACAUGUUCGUCCACAUCCCAAGCGGGUAUAGCGCCCACACCAGCACUCCAGUCCACUGCUCUUCCUUCCCUUCACCUGCCUCUGCACAAGUGCAACACGCCGCUGCCAUCCCGCUGGCGAACGAGAGCGUGCCGCUCGCCUUCCUGUCACCGCCGGUCUCCUUUGAGCGCGUCGAGCGCGCAGAGGCAACUUGGAUGUGGACGAGCUGCGCGCUCGUGUGUGCGCUCACGCUCGUCGCGCUGCUUAUCACGUCGGACGUCAUCGAUUGGCCCGGCGACGGGUUGGGCAAUGUCUGAUUCGGAAACAUCUACCAGCAUUAGGCCAUGUUUUCAAAUGGAUUGGUACGUGGGAAGCGCUUCUCAGACUGUGACGCCAUAGAGUUUGCACAAAGUAGACAAAUGCAAUGUUGGCAUCGA